GCCGGCCCGGGGCAGGCCCAUGUCCGAGCGCGGCUGCCGAGGAGACGCUACGCGGCCAUGGCUGCUGGGGCGGAACUCGGCGGCGACCGUCCCUCCCUCCUUCCCUCCCUGCCUCCGUCCCUCCCUGCCGGGCCCCCGCUCCCCGCGGGGGCGGGACUCUCACGGCCCUAUCCGUGCCACGGGGCUGGGCUCGGGCCGCGGCGGGGGCCUGGCCGCUGUCCUGAGGGAGCUGCGGGGCGCGGCCGCGCUGGGUCGGGUGGGGACACGGACCCACAGCCGCCGUGGAGCUGCGGGGGUGGCGGUGGAGCGAGGAGGGGAGGGACAGGCGGGUCACCUCGGCCCAACGCCACCCGCCUGCCCCGGAGAGCGCGGGGUUCCCUGCCGUGCCCCGCCAGCCCUCGGGAGAUUUGUUACCGAGGCCAAGCCACUACGAGGGGGCUCUGGGUCUGUCACAUUCUGUGAGGCGUCCAGUCUUUAGAAAACUGGAUUGACAGGGGACAUCGUGAGUUUAGAUCUCGGUUUUUGCUGUGACUGUUUUCUGUGCACCCUGUGAUGUUAUUACAAGCGUCAUACCUCAGGGAUGGCAGGUACGUGCUGACACACCGGUAUAGCCAUGCUGGGAGAAAGGAGGUGAGAGGCAGGUCAUGCCAUCGAGAUCUUACACAAACAGAAAGAUACUCUGUGCUGCCACAGUCCUGGCCUGCCCCCGAACUGUGUCAGUAGGAGGGGGAGGUUCAGUUACUCAAACCUACUGAUCCAUUUUGCCAAUGGAAAUGUCUCGUGAACUGAAGCAGUCUCCUUCAGCCUCUUUACAAAACAGGGAGGUUAUGAAGCCAAAUGAGAAAGCUGCCUGCCUCCAUGUAGCCUUCCAAAAUACUACCAAUUCAUUGCCCAGAAGGCUGAAUUGUAUCACAGCACUUAGUGGUACAGUAACGUUGGUUGGUACUGGGCACAGGAGAGGCU